GGCGCGGGCGCGCUGGGAAGCUCGGCGCAGCGCGAGGCAGCGCCCGUCCGGAGCCGCCCGCACGCCAUGAACUUCCUCCGGCGACGCCUCUCCGACAGCAGCUUUGUUGCCAACCUGCCCAAUGGCUAUAUGCCCGACCUGCAGCGCCCGGACAGCUCCACCAGCUCUCCCGCAUCUCCAGCCACGGAAAGGAGACACACACAGCCCCUGGCCGCCUCCUUCUCCUCCCCAGGGUCCAGCCUCUUCAGCUCCUUUGCUGGUGCCAUGAAGCCAUCUGCAUCCACACAGGCCUCUGCGGGUCCCUUGGAGCCUGCAGGGCCCUCUGCGCCUGUCAUCCAGAGGCCCAGGGUCCUGUUGGUGAUUGAUGACACCCACACAGACUGGGCGAAGUAUUUCUGCGGAAAGAAGCUGAACGGAGACAUCGAGAUCCGCGUGGAGCAGGCAGAGUUCUCCGAGUUGAACCUGGCCGCCUAUGUCACUGGGGGUUGCGUGGUGGACGUGCAGGCAGUGAGGAAUGGCAACAAGGUGGUGAGGUCCUUCAAGCCAGACUUCCUCCUGGUCCGCCAGCAUGCCUACAGUAUGGCACUUGGGGAGGACUACCGCAGCCUGGUCAUUGGCCUGCAGUAUGGGGGGCUACCUGCUGUCAACUCGCUCUACUCUGUCUACAACUUCUGCAGCAAGCCCUGGGUGUUCUCCCAGCUCAUCAAGAUCUUCCACACCCUGGGCCCCGAGAAGUUCCCGCUCGUGGAGCAGACCUUCUUCCCCAACCACAAGCCAAUGCUCACAGCCCCACAGUUCCCUGUAGUUGUCAAGCUGGGACAUGCCCACGCCGGAAUGGGAAAGAUCAAAGUGGAGAACCAGCUCGACUACCAGGACAUCACCAGCGUGGUGGCCAUGGCCAAGACCUAUGCCACCACCGAGGCCUUCAUCGACUCCAAGUACGACGUGUGCAUCCAGAAGAUCGGGUCUAACUACAAGGCCUACAUGAGGACGUCCAUCUCGGGGAACUGGAAGGCCAACACGGGCUCCGCCAUGCUGGAGCAGGUGGCCAUGACCGAGCGGUACCGACUGUGGGUGGACAGCUGCUCAGAAAUGUUUGGCGGCCUGGACAUCUGUGCGGUCAAGGCUGUGCACAGCAAGGAUGGUAGAGACUUCAUCAUCGAGGUCAUGGACAGUUCGAUGCCCCUGAUAGGGGGGCACGUGGAAGACGACCGGCAACUGAUGGCCGACCUUGUGGUGUCCAAGAUGAGCCAGCUCCUGGUGCCAGGGGCCACGGUGCCCUCCACGCUGCGGCCCUGGGCUCCACAGACCAAGCCAGCAAAGUCCCCGGGCCAAGGCCAGCUGGGGCCUCAGUUGGGACAGCCCCAGCCACGCCCACCACCACAAGGAGGGCCUCGCCAGGCUCCGUCUCCUCAGCUCCCCAGAUCUGGAAGCCCCUCCCAGCCGCGGCUCUCCCCACAGGGCCAGCAGCCGCUGAGCCCCCAGCCCGGGUCCCCCCAGCCACAGAGGUCUCCAGGCUCUCCGCAGCUAGCCCGGGCCUCAGGGAGCUCCUCCCCAAGCCAGGCCUCCAAGCCAGGGUCCACUCUCCCGUCCCAGCCCAGGCUGCCUGCUCAGAGCCGCAAUGCCUCCCAGCAGGGAGAGGAGCCCAAGAAGACAGCACCGCCCCAUCCCCACCUCAACAAAUCCCAGUCCCUGACCAACAGCCUCAGCACAUCAGACACCUCCCAGCAAGGGACCCCGAGUGAGGACGAGGCCAAGGCCGAGACCAUCCGCAACCUGAGAAAGUCCUUCGCCAGCCUCUUCUCUGACUAGCCACAACCUGGCCAGAGCACAGGAGGCGGCCGUCACAUGUGGCCCUCGGCCUCAGCCUCCUCCUGAGCCUCGCACUUUCCACAUGCCCUCACCUGGGAACUGGCCUCUACCGUGUUCCCGCUGGCCUUGGCCCUGACACCCUCCACCUGAGAGCCACCUGCCUGCCCUCACAUUUGCUCCUGCCUCUGUGACCCGGGAGAUGCCACGUGGCACCUCCCAUGUGGCCAUGCUCCACUUCCAGCAAGUGCCACCACUCCAGCCAACUUCAGCAACUCAGAGGGAUCACUCUGAGAAGUGUCUUCCCAUGGAAGAGGCGGCCAGCUGGCGGCCAGCCACCCCAAGCCAUGCAGCCCGGGCCUGCUUGCCAGCCAGCUCUGCUAAGGACCAUGUGGGGGGUCUUGAGGUCAACGAGAAGGCUAAGGACCCCACGGCACACAGCAAGCCUCUGAGAGCCACUGGACGGGGACACUGUCAUAAUGCCACCCACCUCAGAGCGUCCCCCUAACCAGACACCAGGAGCCAACCACAGGUCCUCACUGGAUCUAGGCAGCUGCCCCCUGGGGCUUAGCUGGGCCCUCUGAUCCCCUGCAGCUCUGCUUCCCUUGCCAGAGCCAUGCACAGGACAGAAACCGGAACUUCCAGCCACGUGGCAACGUUUCCAGAGGCCCCAGGUCAGGAGGAGCCAGGCAGUGUUGCUCCUGUACCAGACACAGUAUAGGACCAGGUCACAGGCUCUAGGAGAUGGGCCGGACACUACCCACCCCUUCUGCCUCGGUCGGCCGCAGGCCUUGGAGUCAGCCUAGCUUCCUUCCCAGUGCUCCCAGCCUAUACCAGAAUGCACCCUGUGACCAGGGGUGUCCCAAGCCACCAACACCUGGUGCUAGAAAGAGCCACUGGUCCCAACAGGAGCCAAGACCUUGUAACCGCUGCGUCCUCCUGACAGCCAGCUUGGCAACACCAGCCCUGUCUCCCCUAGCUGCUUCGGGGAUGGUAGGAGGGCCACUUUGGGUGUCCAGGCAGGGCAGCUUCGAGUUGUGUCCAAUGGCAGUCUGCUUGCAUUCACCUGAGACCCAACCAGGGCCACCACGCUUUGCCUCCUCCUGGUCCAGAUUGGUGAGCCCAGGCCCAUCACCCUCCUUGCACGGUCACCUCCAGCCGGACCUCAGGGGACUCCCCCGCAAGCUGGCUUCCACCAGGCUGCAGGCUAGACAGGCUCCGGCCUGAGUGCCAGCACAGCGCAGCCAACAGACCUGGCUCUCCUCUCCUCCUUGCGUUCUUCCUCCCCAGGUCUGCGCUACUUUAGAAGCCCUCUGGCACCUCUUGUUCCUGACCCUGUAGCAGCUCCUGCAUGGGGAAGAUGGAUGGAUCCAGCUGCUGGCGACCACUGGAGCCCUGCCAUGGCCCUGGGUCCUGACAGCACCUCCCUCUUCUGUGGAUCAGGCUGGCCAGGAGCAGUCUGAGUCCCCGGCAGCCACUGCAGGGCACAACUGAUGGCUCCGGAAACAAGGGGCAGAUGGCCCAAGCAUCCCCCCUCUCCUGUAUAUUGUCCCUUGUCCCUAGAAAGACACACCCCCUCCCUACUACGCCAAGUGCAGUAGCAAAGGCUCCCUUACUUUUCUUUUUAGCAUCGAGAACAUGAAGGCGGACUGAUUUCCCACAGCGGGGACCAUCUGGAAACUGCACUAAGAGCGCUUCCGUGCGCUGUUACCAACACACGUUACUAGGUCAGGUGUAGCCGCACGGGAAACCGAGCGCUCACAAGCAGGUGAGGGAACCUCAGAACAGGCCUCAGAUUCCCAGAUGCUUCAGAUGGUCUGUCUCUAUACUGACCUACACAGCACAUUGUAGUAGAACACAGAUGAAAAUCUGAAUGGUAAAGCCACUUAGGCGAGAUUCCAGGAGCAAGCAGAAGUAAAAGCCUCCUCUAACACCCCAACCAGGUCGGGCUCUGGCAGCCUCACACAGACAGCUCUAGGUCCGUGGCGGGACUCCAGCGCGCGGCACCUCCCGCCCCUGCAGGGCCUGCACAUGCGCAGAGCAGCGGCUCAGCAUGCAGCCUCGCGGAGGCCGCAGGUCACCAGAUGGACUGC